GGAGGAUACAGCGCUGAAUAUUCCUUAGCCACAGCCCUCACAACCCUCUUCCCACUUCGCAUCUCAGUCUUCCAAAAUCACAUCCAGCAAGCGGUUCCAUUAUCACAUCCUACCACCACCAAAAUGCCUGCCCCAAAAAUUGCCAUCAUCGGCGCCGGGCCCUCUGGCCUUCUCCUUGCCCGCCUCCUCCAAGUCAACUCCCUCUCUUGCACCGUCUAUGAACUCGAAGCCUCCCGAGACGUGCGCAACCAAGGAGGCACCCUUGAUUUGCACCCUCGAGCUGGCCAAGCCGCGCUUAAGGCCGCGGGUCUCUUUGACGAAUUCCUAAAGUACUCGCGUCCCGAAGGCGAGGCUAUGAAACUCAUCAAGCCCGACGGUUCGGUCUUGUGGGACGACAACGCCACCGUCACCUCUCAAGCCGCCCAGAAAGAACUUGAAGGCGAAGGCCGCGAUCGUCCCGAAAUUGAUCGCGUUAAGCUCCGCGAUAUCUUGCUGGAUUCCCUGGACGAAGGAACCGUAAAAUGGGAUAAGAAGGUCAUGCGCGUGGAACCUGACCCGUCCGCCCAGGGGAAGCACACUAUCGUUUUCGCCGACUUCACAACCGAGACGUCCAUCGAUCUCCUCGUCGGCGCAGACGGCGCCUGGUCGAAGGUCCGCCCGCUUCUGACUGAUGAGAAGCCGUUCUACUCCGGCAUCACAAGCAUCGAGCUCUGGGCGCUGGACGUCGACGCCAAGGACCCGUGGUUGAGUGAGUAUAUUGGCAAGGGGUCGUGCUUUAUGUUUGACGAGGGGAGAGCGCUGCAGUGUCAGCGGCAGGGAACGGGAGCUGUGCGUGCAUAUGUUUCGCUGAGGGUUCCCGAGGGGUGGCUUGAUGAGUGCGGUAUUGAUUUCGCCAAUGCGUCGGGUACGACGCGACAGCAGAUGGUAGAUAAGUACUGGAGCGAUUGUUCCGCGGACGUGAAGCGGGUUAUUCUUUCUGCAAAGGACGAACUCGUCCCACGAAAGCUAUAUAUGCUCCCCGUCGGCAUCCAGUGGAAAUCGAAGCCGGGUGUUACGCUGCUGGGCGACGCGGCGCAUCUGAUGACGCCGUUUGCUGGGGUGGGAGUCAAUGUGGCGUUGGCGGAUGCCAUGGAUCUAGCCAAGGCGGUUGUGAAGAAGAAGGAGAGUGUGAUGGCAAAGAUCAGGAGUGAUGGGUAUAAUAUUAGCGCAGCAGUGGAAGAGUAUGAGAAGGACAUGUUUGAAAGAGGGAGGAUGAGUGCGGAGAAGACGAGGAAGAAUUUAGGUCUGCACUUUAGCAAGGAGGGGGGUGCGGAGAUGGCGGGACGUUUGAGGGCGCAUGCUGAGGCAAUGGCAAAGGGGGAAGGUAAACAUUAGGAGAGAUUCCUGCAGUUGGAUUGCGCAGGCUGUUUAUUGACUAUAUAGCUUCAGGUUAAGAUUAUAAUAUGUAUGUUCUCAGGGCUGAA